UUGUGUAAUGUCCCACAUUCAAACGAUACAAGAAGAACUUCGAAAACUUGUACACAGAGACCCCAACGACGUUGAACUCUUUUUGGAUACUCUUCCCGAGAAGACGCGGAAUGAGUUGUUGAAUCAUGUGCGUAGUGGUAUAGAGAGUCACUUUCAAGAAGAUUCUGUGGCAGAAGAUCUCGUUUCUAUCUUGGAAACAGUAAGAGCUUUGCUACUAAAUCAAUCCUUACGAGAGCAAACGCUUCUAGCUUUGUUAGGACGGAUUCUGGUGGAAGGAUGCUCUCCAAAAGAAAGAAACGUACUAAUAACAGAGCUAGAACAAGGCUUCCUUUCAGUCUUGAGAGACUCGAAGCUAUCAGUUAGUGAAAAAUUCCAGGAGAUUCAAGGAAUAUGGUUGCGCAUGGAAGCUUUGCUACAGUCUUUCGAUUCUAGCACAAGAUGCAGAGUUGUGGACGUUUUUGUGUCCAUUAGUAAAAGUGCUGUUCAAAUUGAUAAAUCACGCGGUAAAAUGCUCUCCACGCGGAUAGCACGCUGUAUGAUCGACUAUAUAUUUGAUUUAGAAAGUUGCUCUUUGGUGUUGCGCAAAACGAUUCAAUUGAUAGAUAAUCUCGACGCAUCGCAAUGUCUUCCUUUUAUGAAAGGACUGUUUGAAGUCAUAAGAAACCGUUUGAAAGAGACGAAUGACAAACUCUUUCCUUGGAUAGAAGUUUUUCGAAUUUUUAUCUACUCUGCACCGUUGUCAGUAUUCAGAGAUAUAUUAUGUUUGUUAGAUAUUGAAAUUAGUAAUAUUCCCAGCAUUGGUAUGACUAUACAGCGAUAUUAUGAAACCUUUGCUGGUACAGAUGACUUUUUAACUGCUUUUCGCAUGCAGGAUCUAGCUUUGUUAGUAUUGAUUUUCAGUAUUCAUGAGGAUAUGAAGAAUAAUAUCACUAGCACGCUGGAGCGCUUGGCAGAUUGUCCUGAAAAAAUCCAAGCCUCUGCUGAAAGUUCAACAGAAGAUACCUUUUGUGCUUUAUUUACAGAGUUGAUAAACUUUCAGGACACAGAAUACUUACUAAUCUACGUUUUAGAAAUUUGUUACCACUGGAUGUCAGACGAGAAAUGCCGUAAAACCUCUACAAAACAGAAAGCAACUUCAAUCAUCGUCAGCAUGUUUCAGAAGCAAGCGUGCUCACGUGGAGAAAUUGUUCAUUACAUUUUCUUUGAAAUGGCUGAGCCAAGUCAUAGCAUACCCUAUCGUCUGCAUCUAUGUGAUAUAAUUGAACACUUGUUGCGUACCAACAUCAUCGAUCUUGCAUCUUUUGUUCCGAAGAUUCAGGAUGCACUGCAGUUCUUAGAAUCAUUGCCAAUUGUAGUUUGUAAGAGAUUUUUGAAAUCUCUUUGUCGCUUGGCAACUAUUUCUCAUUCUUUUACCAACUUUUUAAUGAAAUUUUUGCAACAAAAGGCGUUUGGGCGUUAUCUUGGUGGACAGUGCUUAGGAGCAAUCGGUUUUAUCGCUGUCCUUUCUGAGAAAAGCUUACAACGGGUUCAUUCGAAUGCAAUCAACAUUUUACAAAGCUUAGCUACCAGAAGCAGUUACGGCAUCCGUCUGGUGAUAUAUGAAGGAUGGAGACAGCUUGCAAUGUUUGAAAUGAAAUCUCAAGAUAGCUUAAUUUUACCUAUGAUGCAGGAAUUUCUUUUGCAUAGACUCGAAGAACUAUCCAUCGACUGGAAAAAUGGGGAAUUCUCUUUGAAAGAGUCCUUUGAAUUCACUAGUAGUAGUUGUGUUUCGUAUCCCAAGGAACCGAUUGCACACUUAUUGCGUUGUCUUUGGACUAUAGACUCGAAGCAUCCUAGUCUUGGGAAAUGCAUGGAAUGGUUUUGCAACUUAUUUAGAUUACUCAAUUGCAUAUUUUCCAAAUGUUCUCUGGGCAGUGAUGAAGAUAUCGCGUCUUCUGUAUGCCUUGUAAAAGCUUUACAUAAUGUUGGCGAUGUGCUGUUGCAGUUUUUCGAUGAUCAGUUUAACCGUGCUAGAGUAAUACCAUGUCUAACAGUCUUGUAUGAAUUACAAGAUUUUAUGCUCUCUCGUUCUUCUGGAACCUUAGAAAUAGAUCCCAUUGCUUUUGGUGUUUCCGCUUCAAAUGUUUUAGUUGAAAAGGAAGUCGUACGAGAUAUUUCCCUUCUUGAAGAAUGUCAUAGCUUUGAAAUCCUGUUCAAGUUCGUGUCUUCGAGUUUGGACUAUGUCAAUGCACUGUACAUAUUUUUGAGAAAGCUAAGUGGUUAUGCCUUAACAGAAAUUAAUCAAGAAAACGCCAGUUUCUUGGGAAACCUAGCUUUGCAGUUGGUUAGUUAUAGCAACCGACUCGAGUACAGCAAACUUUCUAGAAAUGACUUGAGUGAAAUAGAGUGGAAGACUCAGCAGACAGGUAUGGAGUGGUGGGAAAACUUUCUUCAGAAAUAUUCUUCAAUUUCUCCACGUCAAAUGUGUCUAUUUUACAUUUUGACAAUUCUAGACACAUUAUGUUGCAAAGGACAUUUUGUAUUCCAUCGAGACGUUUAUCCAGAAACUUUGGAUCAGCUUGAAGAAUCUUUUAUGGACGAUGAGUUGAAAACAGUUGCACAUGAGCACAAAGUGCUUAUAUCUCUUUGGAAUUUUUACGAAACAGAAUUUGCAAGAAAGACAGGCAUUCCAAUCACUCAUGCACAAUUGCAUCUUCAACUUAUACUCCACGGACUAAGCCAAGUUCAAACUAGCACCGAGCAAACAAACUAUUUUUCAGUUGCUCGAAAAGUGGUACGCCUCCUCGGUCAAUAUUCCAUGCAACAAACAUCGGUCCUUCGACUGUUGAUUCGCAUACUUAUAAAAUGCUGCAACAACUCGAAAUUUAUCUUCUCCUUACUUCAUCAUUUGGCGUAUACAUGUCGAGUCGCAGCUUUGCCUAAGUCAUCCGACAACUUUGCAAAAAGACGUAUUGACGAAGACACUACGAAAUAUCAGAAAAUUAUGACGAAUUCUGUAGCGAGUUCGGAUUACGACCAAAUGUCUCCUGGUCUAAGUGAAUUACUUCAAUCGAGUAAGAUUCCUCUACCGGAAAGUGAAUCAUGUCGAACAGUAGUUUUGAUUGUAGUCUUACAGCAUUUGGAAACUCGUUAUAACUCGGUACCUACAAAGAAACUUCCUAAUCAAGAAUCCUUGGACGAAUUGGUAAAUAUCUUGAUGGUCGUCCAUACUAUCUUAGUUGGUGAAGAAAAUUAUGAAAUGAGAGGUGAACAAUUGCCUCAUACUCUUCACUAUCCUCCAAGUUUUGUCAAUCGUUUGCUUCAACUUAUUUCCAGAAUUUCAAAGACUGCUUUUCAGUGGAUCAAUAGAAAUCGCAAGACGAUAUCCGGUUGGAAAAAGGAUGAAGUUUACAUCAAGAGCUUGGCAACAUUUGUAGAGAACGUGGCGACUCGUUUGCAAACUAUCAUCGGAUGGAUUUGGAAAGGAAGGAGCAAGUUUCACAUUAAAACAACACGUUCGACGACAUUACCUCGAAUUCAAUAUCACUUUGCCAAAUUACAUGUAGAGUGUAGUAAAAUUCUACACCUUCUGGAUAUGGAGAUGCGUCCACUAUUUCAAAAAGUGGUUCAAGAUUUUCAAGGAUUUCAUCAGACAACAGAAGCUGACACCGAGUCUUUGACUUUUGACCAAUCAUUCCAACAAAAUGAAAGCAAGCUAUCAAGAAAAGUUAAUCGACGGAAGUUUAGAAGUCGGAAUCGCUUUAUCGAUGCUUGUUUGGUGGAAGAAGAAUCCGAUGGUGACGACUAUGCAGAUCUCGAAGAUUUUUUGGUUGUAGAUAAAGAACUGGAAGGAAAUGGCAAACAGCCAGCUCAAGUCAUCGACUGGAUGAAACGAAUUUUUCCUCAGUAUCAUUAAAUAAAUUACCCUUUCAGGUGGAUGUCUCUUUACGACUGUGCGCUGACUCUAUCUUGAAUUUUCCAAUGUUGUAAAAGGCCAUCAUAAAAUGUGCAAGUUAUAG